GGGAGGGGAGGGGGAGAAGGAGGGGUGGGGGAGGGGAGCGAAAGGCUGGGUGCAUGGAAAAGUGAGUGACCUUGGAUGUAAAAUGGCGACUAUAGGGAUCUGGAACGUUAUCUUUGUAAUCUUCUUCCUUGCCGCCAUUUUAGCUACAGGGAUAAAGAUUGUGACAUCAACGAGUUGGUACAAAAAAAAUUUUGCUCAAAGGCAAUACGAAUGGGCAAAUUUAACCAGAAGAGUUUUUGAUCCCCUGAAACGAAAGCUUUUCUCUAACCUGGAGCAACAACUGAAGUCAACGGAAGGCGAUGUUUUGGAAAUAGGAAUCGGUCCAGGGUCAAACUUUGAUUAUUAUCCCCAAGGUACCUCACUUAUCGCUGUCGAUUCAAACCCACACGUCGAAGAAUCUCUUAAGAGAAACUUGGAGAAAGCUGGCAGAAGAAUUCACCUCAAGAAAUUUGUGGCUGCUUCGGCGGACGACAUGAGUUGUAACGGAGAAAUCGGUGUAGAGGACAAUUCUGUCGCCGCAGUAGUGUGUACGAAGCUGUUGUGCAACCUCUCUGAUCUUGAGACCAGGAAAACCAUUGAGGAAGUGAAGAGAGUUUUGAUGCCUGGAGGCAGGAUUUAUUUUCUUGAGCACAUUGCAGCUAAGCCAUGGACAUUCCAAUACUUUCUUCAACAUCUUGUCACCAAAUUUCACAUUUGGCCUUCACUGUUCAAUGGAUGCUGCUGUAAUCAAAACACUCUGUCUGACAUACAGAAUGGUGGCUUCAAAUGGGUACAGUAUGAAAAGAUCUUUGCAAAUUGUUCGCACGAAAUGUUUUCUGCUCCAAACAAUACAUAUUCAAUAAUAUGGCGAGCAAGAGUCAUCUUGUAUUUUGUGAAUAUAUGGUUAGUUGGCCUUGCAGAAUAAGGCCAAUUCUCUGAAGAGAAAAAAAAGGUGUGACAGAAAGUCUUCUUCUGAAAGGAAAGGGAGGAAACAGCAAGGAAGGAGUACAACAGGGAAGGAAGAAAAUAAAGAAUGUUUGAAUUUAACAUUGGAUUCUCAAGGUCUCGUCUGUGUAAUCCACUCUCUUUCAUGACAUGAAAUUGAAGUAUUAGAGUGUCUUUUUAUUAAUUUUCAUUAUUCUUAUGACCCUCCCAUUUAUUCAGCUGCUGUCAAACCUGUGUUAAGUGGUCACUUAUGGGGAAUGGCAGGGUGACUGCUUAAUAUAGGUAGACCGUCUGAUGCAGUUUCCACAGGAGAGGGGUAAUAUAAAAACAAUAAAAAACUCCAACUUAUGCCUUAAUUGACCAGUUAAUGUACAAACACUCACUCAAAUAUACUACCUACAUUAAUUUCAGGAGAGAAAUAAGCAUUGAAUUUUACUUGAAAUAUUAUUCAAGUAAUUAACAUUGUGACAUGAACAAGUCAUUUCCAUUUCCAUUGAUUUCUAUACUUAUCUCAAUACCACUGCAAUUAUGCAGUGGCUUGGAAGCAUGGCAAGAAAACCACUGGGCUUACAACAUUCAGGCAACCCAGUUACUGAGUGAAGGAGUCUUAAGGGAUUUAUUACAUCAAAAUUCCUCAUCAAUAGGGAAUCGGUGUGCGGCCAUUUUAUGCCCUCUGAAAAAUAAUUAGUCACUUAAUUAAAAUACAACCAACUUUAUUUAUUGUGGCUAAGUGUCUUGAUUAAAUCAAAUAAAUGUUUAAAUAAAAAUUUGUAUGUUGAGUAAUUAAUAUAUCUUACUACAUGUUUUGUUGUGUAGUAUCACUGUGUAAAAAUAUGCAGCGACACUACUCAGCAAGACGUCUAAUAAGAGAUCUAUUAUCCAUCAUGCCAAAUUAUCCUGUACUUGUACUUUAUUAGACCUUUUAACUUCAUAAGUUGUACUGACAUCUACUUAAUUAUUAUUAUUAUUAAUCUAAUUAUUAUU